AUGACCACCUGUGCUACAGGUGAUGGGUAUAACUUCACGUUGUUGACAUGCAUCAAGCUUGCGAAGACAAUGUGGCAAAAUUACCUUGCUGCGGGCAGAGAUACUAGCGACGUCAAGAAAGGGUGCGCAUCCUUCGCUGGAUACUUGGACAUCAUAACAGGAGGUGGUGGACUUGCGACAGAACUAGCUACCUUAGAAGCUCCUCUUGGUGGAGGAGGCGGAGCGCCUUCAUCUGAUCGCGAGCUCACGGCAGGUGAACUACCAAAUCUAAAAUUUUAA